AUGGCUCCCUCCAGGCUUUCUACCAGCAUAUACCAAGACGACCAACUUUCAUCGCCUCCCUCUCCGUCUUCAGACGGGUCACCAGCGACUUCAUCUGAUAAAGAAAAUCAAAAUCGGCAACGGCCACAACUCGGAAAGAGGAAGAGCGACAUGGCGCUGGAUACUUCCGCAACAGGAUCGUCGUCGUCAGGCAGCAAGCGAGCACGACUAGCCGAGUUACAGGGAAAUGCGGACUCUACACAGGCCUCACAGUUUCAGCCACGAGCGUCUCAAAAAGCUGCCACCGACUACUACGAUCCAGAUCAAGAUGUCGCCGAGCGUCGGAAGAUUCGAAAGGGCCUUAGAGACCUACAACGUGAAAUGAAUGACUACAGAGGCGAAUAUCUGCAGAGCAACAACAAGGGUAUCCUCAACACCAUCCAGAAAGCGAACGAAUAUUUCGCCCAAGUGAAACAGACGUCAGACGCGACUGUCGAUUCUGCGCUUUUGGUCAAUGCGGCGGAUCUGUCGUAUAAAAAGGCGGCGCGCACGUUGGAUGGAGCCGUUGCCGGUAUAGACGUAGACGAAUUCGUCUCCAAAUGCUUGUCCUUUAUGCGUCAAACCCCGUCGAACGGGUCAGCGAAUAGUUUUGGCAGCACACAACGCCGCACCCAGAAUCGAGCAAACGGCGAUGAUAGCGAUGACGAUGCAGUCGAUGAUACAUUGAACUGGGAUUGGCUGGGUCGAGCUGCCUGUUUUCCGUACAAUGCGCGUCCUUCAUUAUCCGGUUUCCUUCUUGGUCCAUUAUCGGUCCAGAAACGCACUCGACAGCUUACGCAACGCAGAGCGGCAAAUCAAAUCGACAGGACGCAGAUCGUGCGACCACAAGAUCUUGAGGAGCAAGAUCUGGACAGACAAGAGUCCUCAAACCUUACUGCGAUGUGCACUAAAAUCCGCAAACUCUUAAAAGAGGCGACAGAUUCACGGACUGUUGCUGUUAAUGAGGAGUUGGGCGCAUUGGGAAGGGAGCCUACAGCCGAGGAGGUUGACGCAGUCAUGGACAAGCACAAGAUUUCCCAAGACGGAGGUAUUUUGCUUUUCCCAUUUGCCAUCAACCCAAAGUCCUUUGGGCAGAGUGUCGAGAACCUGUUCUAUAUAAGCUUUUUGAUCAGAGAUGGCAAUGUUGCAGUUAGCCAGGAUCGCCAUGGUCUGGUUACUAUACAAACAUCAACGCCAUAUCCUCCACUCGAGGCGCAGCAAAAGGGCAUUCAGAAGCAUCAGCUCAUAUGGAGUCUUAAUUUUGAGAUAUGGCAGCAGCUGAUUGAAACGUUCAACCUCAAAGAAUCCACCAUACCACACCGAAACGAUGAAGAGUUCCAGCGACAAAACCAACAUGGCGUGUUGCGAAACGUUUGGCGGGAGGACGCGGUGUUGCUUGAUACCCCUGCUGGUUUGUCCCUUCGCUGUGCUGUUAUUUGCAAGAUCAAUAUAGCAUCUUUAUACAAUUUCAACGGCACUGUUUGCACAGCGCCAGCUGAGCAAAGAUCAAUCAUCUAUCCCAUACACCGUCAAAUCCUGACUCAUCUCAGGCCACGCAUAAACAGCACUAUGCGCACCGCCAAAAACCCUUAA